AUGAGCGCGACGCAACUGUUUCACACGGCGCUGCUACCGUCGCUCCGACCUUGUUGCCGAUGUAAUAACAAAGCACAGGGGCUGAGACGCGGGUGGGUCCUGACAAGCACAAGCAGCACAAACACGAAGAAAUCCGUUGGCGGUUCAAGAAUAAUAAAGUGUAUGGCGAAUCCAAAGAGAGUUAAAAUGGUUGCUAAACAAAUUAGGAGAGAAAUUUCUCAGAUGCUUAUCACCGAUAAUGUCUUGCUGUAUGCUAUUCUUCCAGAAGCUGCCUUAGGUGCCGAUUCUUAUCUCUCGUCUGUCACCACCGUCACCGACGUGGAAAUCACCUCCGAUUUGCAGUUAGUUAAGGUGUAUAUAUCGGUUUUCGGGGAUGAAAGAGGGAAGCAAGUAGCCAUGGCGGGGUUGAAAUCAAAGGCUAAAUAUGUUCGAAGUCAGUUGGGGAAGCGGAUGAAGUUGCGGUUAACUCCCGAGAUACGCUUUAUAGAGGACGAUUCUAUGGAGAGAGGAAGCAGGGUCAUUGAUAUAUUAGAUCAAAUUAAGAAGGAGGAGAGUGAAAAAACUCAAAAUCCAUCAGAGAAGGAAGAUGAUGCUGAGCAGUCGAGUUCAUCAGCAAAUGAGGACGACGACGAUGACGAUGAUUGGGAUGACGAAGGUAUCAUUUAUGUGGAAUAG